AUGUCUAUAGGUAGUCAGAUAGAGCUUAUUUGUCAGGCAAGAAUUGAACCAGAAUCUUACUAUGAGGUAGCCUCAGAGGCCAUUAAGAGCCUUUUGUCAGCUAUCAACUCCAUAGUCUUGCAGCAGGAAGAAGAACUCAAGCUUCAGAAAAGAUCUGAUAAGCUUCAGAAGAAGUUGCAAAGGGAGUUAAACUCACUUGCUGAAAUGGAGAUGAAGUUUGAAGGGAACUCAACCGUGGGAGAUGCACACACUAUAUUGAGCCCAAAGCACCCUUUAUUAAUCAAGCGUGCUAAAGUUGAAGAGUUGAAAAAACGAGUGGAUGAUGAGAAGGCCAAGUAUCUGAACAGUGUUCAUAUUACCAAAGCCAUGACUUUGAACAACCUGCAAACUAGUCUCCCCAAUGUAUUCCAGACAUUAAUGGGGUUUUCCAGUGCCUAUACCCAGGCCUUGAAGACCAAUCUUGACCGUGCCAAACCAGCAGAUUGUGAUGAUGGAUUGCUAGACCCAAUGUGUUGA